CCUAUUUCUUCUGACAGUUGCUACUCACUUGUUUGAACUUCGACGUCGCGAUCGUCGUGGUCUGCAGCUAUGAGUGGACAAGCUGCUAGUUAUUACGACCAGGGCCAGGGCUUCGAUGCCCAGGGUCAACAACAAGCUCCUUACGAGAACAAAAAUAAUGGGAACUACACAAAUGGAUAUGAUCAGCGCGGUAAUGGCAACUACCAGCCACCGGUCAAUUACCAACCACAACAACCAGCAAACUAUCAGCAGCCUGGUCCUGAGCAGAAGCCCCAGCUGCCUCCAUACCCCGAUAACCCGCCCCCCUACAGUACCUUCGAUGAAGCUUUCAAGAUCGAGAAGCCCAAGUACAAUGAUAUCUGGGCGGGUCUUCUGUUGAUUGCUGUUUUCCUGGGCUACGUCGCUGUGUCCGGUGUGACCAUCCACAAGUAUGCCACGAACAAAGGAUUCAGUGGAGGUGGCAUCUACGACUCCUCAAAUGAUUUCUCACUUAACACGAAUACUCUGGUGCUGUUUAUCUUCGUCUUAUGUGUCGCUCUCGUCUUCUCGUGGGCAUAUUUCAUGAGCGCUCGAUAUUUCACCAAGACUUUCAUCUGGGCAACCGGCAUUCUGAAUAUCGUUUUCGCUCUCGCCACCGGAAUCUACUACAUUGCGAAAAAGCAAUACGGAGGUGGAAUCGUUUUCCUACUCUUCGGUGUCUUCGCGAUCAUUUGCUUUAUUAGCUGGAUUCCGCGUAUCCCAUUCACGGCUUUCAUGCUACAGACGACUAUGGAUGUUGCACGCAACUAUGGCCAUGUUUUCCUCGUCAGCGCUCUGGGAGGUAUCGUGACUGUCGCAUUUGCUGCCUGGUUUUCAGUGACUUUGGUUUCGAUCUAUGUCGCAUACGAGCCCGACUCCACUGGUACCAAUCCCUCCUGCGCGAAUGGUGGUUGCAGCACCGCCAAGGUAAUUGGGUUGACAGUAUAUGUGACGUUUGCUAUGUACUGGUUCAGUGAGUGGAUCAAGAACACUGUGCAUACAACCAUUGCCGGCGUUUACGGUUCGUGGUACUUCUGGAGUAAGUCUGCGGGUGGCAUGCCCAAGGGCUCGACUCGUGGUGCAUUCCGUCGAGCAACGACCUACUCCUUUGGCAGUAUCAGUUUCGGUAGUUUGAUCAUUGCCUUUAUCAACAUGCUUCGCCAGGCAUGCUCGGUCGCGCAACGACAAGAAGCGGCCCAGGGUAAUAUUGUCGGCAGUAUUUUCAUCUGGAUCUUGGGAUGUUUCAUUUCGCUACUGGACUGGCUCGUCACUCUGUUCAAUCGCUAUGCGUUCUGUCACAUUGCUCUAUACGGCAAGGCGUAUAUCCCAGCAGCAAAAGAUACCUGGAAGAUGAUGCGUGAUCGUGGAAUCGAUGCCCUGGUGCAAGACUGCUUGAUGGGUCCUGUGUUGACUAUGGGUUCGACGUUCGUCGCUUACGUCUGCGCUUUGCUGGCCUAUCUCUACCUGCAGUUCACCAAGCCCGCGUACAACGAUGGUGGUGACUUUACUGCUGUCAUCAUGGCCUUCGCGUUUUUGAUCGGCUUGCAGGUGUGCCAGGUCUUUAUGACUCCUAUUGGUAGUGGAGUUGAAACUAUCUUCGUUGCUAUGGGUUGGGAUCCUCAGGUUAUGAUUAAUGAUCACCCGGAUAUCUAUUACAAGCUGGUACAGCUGUAUCCUCGCGUGCAGCAGGCCAUUCAUGCUUGAAGUCGUUGCAAAAUUGACGCAAAUUGCUUUACCCCGGUUUCUGGUUUCCUACAUUGUAAACCUAUUGAAAGGACUUCGUCAGCUACGAAGUAGAUAUUUGACGGCUGGAUAGGAUAAUGAUAAUACUUAAUGAAAGAAUGGUACUCAUAUUCAUUGAUCAUUAC